UGUUAUGGUGUGUCACGUGUAUUACUGUUCGGCUACAGUUGAGAGUCAAAGCAAUGGAUGGUAGAGUCAGCCGAGGCAGCUGGAAACGAGGUGGCCGAGGUGGAAACGACAACUUUGGAGGGGAACACCGAGGCCGAGGAAGAGGAGGGCACCACCGCGGCCGGGGGAAACGAGACCACCACCGCGGUCGUGGACGCGGUGGAGGCGGUCAUGUAGUGGACCUCCCUGCACAGGACCAUGAUGAAGGGGAUAGGUUUGAGGAGGCAGAUGACAGGAUGAAGGUGUUCUCCAGGAGGAAGCUUGAGUCAAACUGGGACCGUUAUGCAGAAUCGGAGCUGCUGGACCAAGACGAUGACACACCUACUCAGAGAGGAACGGACUAUCAUGUACUGCUCGAGUCAGCAGGAGAUUCUUUCACCCAGUUCCGGUUUUCAGAGGAGAAAGACUGGGAGAUGGACCCGUUCACAGCCAGCCAGAUGUCAGCUGUGUUUUUGGACCUCCCAGCUCUCGCUCACAGUCUUCAGCAAGUGCCUUUACAUCAGAGACUCAACCUGGAAGCCGAGUUGGUUCAGGUCUCAACACCAGCAGAGCUUCCCGUUGUUACCCUCACACCUAAACAGGAAGUGCCCCAAGCGUCAAAAUUCACUCCUUCCUCCACAGCCUUCAGAAACCCCGGCACCAACCAGAAAAUCCCCAUAGCUGCAGCGGUGGGCUCAGACUUGCAGGGUUCCUCAGUAGCUGCUGAACCUUUGGUGGAUGACGGUGAUGAAGAGCUGGACCAGCUGCUCAGCUUACAGAAACCAGACUCUGAUGAUGCAGGGAUGCAGCCAAUCAGUGGUGCAGAUGAGGAGAGUGCAGCUUCAGAGAGAGCAUGUGAGGACGUUGCACCAAAAACGGUGGAAGAGAAGACGGAGGAGGUGAAAGACAAAGACGUCGCACCUCUGAAAUCUGCAGCCGUCAGAGAGGAGAUGACAGAGGAGGACCUGGAAGACUGGUUAGAUAGCAUGAUCUCCUGACCACCACAGAGGGGGUAUACACAGAAAACUGGUCAUGGUGUUACAUUUAUGGACAAUUUCAUUUGAUGCUUCCUUGUCUCAUGCUAUCCUCCUCUCUCUUUUGGAUGGCUAGUUGUUUGCCUGGCUGAAAGGAGACUGCAUGUUUCAGAGGUGUAAAAACAGGACAGAACAUCCCAAACAAUGUGAGAUUGUCAAAAUGUCCCCUCAGCACUUCACAGAGAAGUCUCUGUUCCCAUCUCUGCUGCCAAAGGAACGGACCGAUACUGAAACAGGCCACAGGUGACACAUAUGGUUUAUUGCGUCAAUUACUUUAUUAAUUUCCUCCCCCUACGAGAAAUGCUGCUUAUCAAAGCUACUACAUAUGUAAAAAUGGCCAUAUGGUAGCAGAUAACCAAUGUCAAUAAUACUUUUAUCCAAGUUUUGCAGUUCUCUGGUGUGGGGUUCUUCUACUGUGGAAAGAAGUGCAGGUGGGCAGGACACCACAGUUUAGGAACAAAACCAAACUAAGCAACAUCUACAUAAGGAUCAUCUAGAUUUUAUACAACAAUUUUGUCUUUCUUUUAUUUUCAAAAGCCACAAAACUAGCUUGAUGCAAAUCUGCAACUAGUCCAGAACUAGAGCACGGUUUGUGUUAGGAGGAACAAAGAAAAAAAAAAAGAAUUUGUUUUUGCAUAGUUUUUCAAAAGGCACGUCGGCACUUGAUAAACACCUAAAAUGAAUUGACUCUGGUCCUGGAAGAACCACGUUAAAUUCAGAGAGAUUUGAAACGGCUUUGAAAGGCAGAUCAGAUUACUUCUAGCAGCACACAUCCAUUCAGUGACACAAACAUCCUGGUGUUAAUGCAGAAACUGGUGCAUAUACAAACAUUCAGUUGUCAUGCUGUAACCCUGCACACGCAUCAGAUACCUAAACACAACAAAUUGUGCAACUGGUUGGGGUUAAGCAAGUGAAAAGGCAAUGUGAUUCAGAAUCAAAUAGAAGAAACUGCUAAAGAGGCGUUGUGGAGGACGAGGAUUCGAACGCACAAACCCAAAUCGUAAAAUCAUUAAUGGCAAGUCCGAGAAUAGUUUUAUGUGUAGUUAUCAGAAUUCAGAUUUUACUUGACAGCAUGUGUUGGGGUUCUGUUAACAGGGUGAAGUCAAGCUCAGUGUCUCUGUCAGAAGGGAAAGUAGGGAUGGGUGUUUGGGGCGCCGGGUGAGGUUGCCCCCUCUAACCCAGCUGGUCCUCAUAUUGCUUACGGAAGCAGUCUCCAGUGGGGAAGAAGUCCCAGCAUCUCUCCUGGUACAGCUUCCACACAUAUGACUCCUGCAGGUGGAGAAACGUGUUGAAUGAUGCAUGGUUAGGUUGUGCAAUGCUGUUACUAAACUCUGCAGAACUGGCAUGUUUUUCUUCCCAGAGACAAAUCAAUACUGUCUCUGCAUCUUCUUGUUAAAUUUGUGAU